ACUUGUUCUUCUAUUCAAGUUUGGGAUUUGAAGAGCUGUUUUAGAAACUCUCCAUUUUUUUCUCUGGACAACUUUAAGUUUGUAAGUCUUAUAAGUGUUUCUUUAGCAACAUUGCUGGAUUUUUGUGUUACCUUGACAUUUCGGUCUUAAUUAGAGAUUUGGACACAGGUGAUCUGCUUACCUGUUUUGUAUUACAUUGUGAUCUGCGUUAUCGAAGAGAUUGAAGAAGCCACUGACAUUAAACAUUAUGAGAUUUUUCAUUUUACGGACAGUUUACACUAGAAUGGUUGACGCAUGCGCUUGUCUUAUCUUCGCCUCUUUUUUGGGUUUGUUUGCAUCCGCCCACGCACAGGACCUCCACAAGGGAACACGAGCUUUGGUGUCGAACCUUGAUGACGUCAGCGUGGAGCUUGUAGAUGCGGUGCGAGCGGUACGGAGACUAAAGAAAUUUUUAAAUGAUGAAGCGCCUUCCUGUCUGGUGUCUGCUACAGACUGUUCUAUGGGUUACAUUGACCCUAUCGAGGGGUUCAUAGACGUGGUCAGUAACCCAAACAGUCCGGGAAAGCGGUCAGUAAGGAGUGUAGAGAAUCGGACACUUCUGCAAAAAAGGUACGUGAACGAUAUCCUUAAUAAGCGGGAACUUAUAGGACGAAUGCAAUCGACGCUCACCGACAUUCUCAACGUCAUCCAUAACGAAAGGAAACGAAGCUGCAAGCUGAAUUUGGGUUUCCACUGUCAGACAGAAGAGUACUCGGCGAUAGCAGACAUGUAUAACUUUCUGCAGAGUGCCAUGAGUCCGGGGAAACGGUGAUAGACAUAUAAACAAUUAUGCAGCGCAAGUUAUUAAAAGAAGGAUGACCGAGUGCAGAUACGUUGUAUAUCGUAUAUUUCCCUCUAACAAAAUUCGCUUUCACUUUUCGAACGGAACUUAAACAAUACAUAAAUGGAUAAUUGAAAGUGAACAAUAGUGAAAGCACUCCUUUUUAAAAGUGUUAGUAAAAACUUUAUGAAACCAAUCCAAAGAGUUAUUUACGGUUCGUGCAAAAAAUUCAUUCAGUUUCAAUGAAAACCAAAAGAAUCUCUCCGAAAGCGAUCUCAACCACAAUACGUAUAGUUCCUCAGAUAUUUCUUUGUGAUAUAUUUUGAAUUUAUUUUAAAAUAAAGUUGAC